UAAGUUCAACAAUUAGAUCCAAGUUUACAACCAUCAAACUAGUCUUUAUAAAAGCCAUGGUUAAAGUCACCCCAAACAGAAAAUACUUAACAUUAAAUCAUUCAAAUUGAAAGAAAACUAAAUGCAAAUAUUUGUAUGGCUUUAUCUCUAAGUGGAAUUUUGUGAUCGUCUAAUAGAUUAUUUUCUCAUUCAAUUUCUUACAGCUGAAAAAGUCAAGAUAUACUCUUGAGCAGUUGCAAUGUAUGUGCGACUUUGUGCGGAUCAAUCACACACGAUUGUUUGGUCAACCUUUGUCGCCAUGUGAAAGGGUUGCUGAAACAAGGAGAAAGGCAUGGGAGGAGCUGUCAGAGCAGCUAGCGGCUCUUGGCUGUCCAGGCCGCACAGCCUCCAACCUCAGGCAGUCCUGGAGUGAUUUGAAGAAAAAAGCCAACGAAUAUGCCAGGCAAAGAAAUAAGACUGGAGGAGGAACGUGCAAAAUUAAGCCAAAAAUGGAAAUGAUCUUGGCAGCGAUGCAGGACAAAGCAGUUUAUGGGAUCCGGGGCAUGGAGACCGAGACAGGGGCAUCAGAGAAACCGCUAUCACAAAAUACGGCAGCCUGUGCCAUGCUCGCUGAGAUGGGGAAUCCGGAGGAAGAGGAGGAGGUUGAGGAGGUGGUCGAGGAGACUGUGGUCAAGGAGGGGAGUCAAGGAGGUCAUGCAGGACGCCAAGACGUCCAGCAUAAGAGAAGGUGUUCUGUGCGGUAUGACCAGCACACAGAAUACCAGGAGCGUCUGUUGCAAGUUCAGCAGGAGACGCUCAGAACGCAGCAAGCUAUGCUGCAAACAUUUAAUAACAUCCAUGAUGUUUUUAAAGACAUAAGAAAUAGUUUGCAGCAGUUUGUUAAUGGACAUCAGUAGUGAUUCUGGACAACUAGGCCCAAAUUAAAAAGGUGGUUUUUAAAACCAUCGGUUGAACCCAUGGAUGCAAGUUUCUUGUAUGAAUUAUGUUUAUUUGCCCUGCAUAGUACUAAAUAUUCUAUGCUGAUGUGCGCUUUUGUCACAGUGCGCCAAAUUAAAUACCAUGGUUAAGGACGCUACUUUUAUUCAUGAGUCCACUAUUUGAAGAGUGGACUCAUGGAUAACCAUGGCAACUGUCGUUAAUUUGGCACACUGUGACAAUAGAGAGUCUCAACCUUGGACCUUUUUUUAAUAAACGUAAUUUAUACAGGAAGUCUGCGUAAACCAUGGGUUCAUCCGAUGGUUUUAUAACUUACCUUUGUGAAUUUGGGCCUUUGUCUUUGAAUCAUUUUUGUUUGUAUGUAACUACUGAUUCCAUUAACAACUACAAUAGCUUGCCUGUUUUUUGAGUUACUCUUGCUGAAGUUUACAGCACACAUCAACAUUUUAUUGGUAUUCCACCUUUUCUUAUGCUGUUCUCUUGGCCUCCUGCUAAAAGCUCUAUACAGUAUUAUCAUAUGCAAAAUGUUAAUGUUAAUUGGUAGAAAUCCAUACAACAAUCUUCAUAACAUGGAUAUUGUUGGUCUCACAAUAUUUGUUCUUUUUAUAAAGAAGCAAAUCUUACAUUUUAAAAUAACCUG